CGAACAAUAAAAAUUGUUGAUUGACUCUUAAAUAAUUAUCGACGUUUAUGAAGUUAAGUAAUGAACAAUGUAAAUAUUUAAUGAUUAAUUUUGUUUAAGUGUUUAAAUAUUUACCUACAUCUGUAUUGUCGUAUGUUCUAUAUGUGGUGCUCUCUUACAAACUUGGAAUUUGUUUACUUAGUUUCCAAGAGACGAAGUUAAAGUGAUCGUGUACGGUCAAGGAGUAGAAACGUUCUACGCAGAUAUGAGUUCACUAACGCAGCAGUCGCCGCCGUCGUCUAUGCAGGUGCAUCAGAAGUACACCGUAGAACGAGUUACGCCAGCUUUAGAACUCGGAGAAGGCCCGCACUGGCACUCACCGACCCGUAGCUUGUAUUUUGUCGAUCUCCACCAGGGCAGGAUCAACAGAUACCAUCCGGAGUCGAACAGCUUCUUCAGCGCCAAGAUAGAGGGCUACAAAGAUGUAACUCUCAUCCUGCCGAUCGUGGACCAGGCUGAUAUGUUCGUGGUCGGUCUGGGCUCUUCGCUCGGCAUAGUGCAGUGGGAUGGCCGUUCGAAUACAACGAGUCAGCCCAAGUACGAGAAACUGAUUGAUGAGACACCGGGCAAUCGUCUGAACGACGGCAAAGCGGAUGCCACUGGUCGACUGUGGGUUGGGUCCAUGGGUUCGGAGAUGAAGGAAAAUCCAGGCCACUACCACAAGCGCCGUGGUUCCCUAUUCUCGGUAGAACCGGAUGGCUCCAUCAACAAGCGCUUGUCCAACGUGAGCAUCUCCAACGGGAUGGCGUGGAGUUUGGAUAACAAAGAGUUCUAUUACGUGGAUACUUACAAGUUCGCUGUCGAGGCGUACGAUUUCGACAUCACCACCGGAGACCUAACCAACGGAAAAGUGAUUUUCGACUUGACAGCAAAUAAAGUCGCCGGCGAUCCGGACGGCAUGACCAUCGACAAAAACGGCAACCUCUGGGUGGCGUGCUUCAACAGCAAUCACAUUUUGAAAAUCGAUCCCAUCACCGGCACGCUGCUGACAACCGUCCAAUUGCCCGCCUAUCAGGUAACCUCGGCCGCGUUUGGCGGACCGAAAUUAGACGAGCUGUACGUGACGACGGCCGGUUACCAGUUAACCGAAGCGCAAAAGGCCAAACGUCCGUAUUCCGGUGCUCUGUUCCGAGUGACUGGCACGGGAUCCACGGGCUUCGAAGGAGUGUCCGCCAAAGUACACUUGUGUCCGGCAAAUCAACUGCACACGAUAUAAGAUAUAAUAAUAAUAGCUAUUAUAAAUUAUAUACUUACCUUAGUGUUAAGUACUUAUUCGGUGUAAAUAUUACUGUUUGAUUGUGUGUAGAUAUUUAUGUAUAUAUAUAUAUAUAUAUAUCGUUAAUUAAGGACAUUAUGUUAUAUUAUUAUUUUAUUAUUAAACCAAAUGCAGCUGCAAGUAUUAUAUGCAGAUCUUAAGAAA